AUGUAUUUUGAGGAGAUGUCGGGAGACGCAACCAGACGUUCGAGAUUCGGUUCCAUGGAAACCGGGGGCCUGCCUUUGGUGUCUACCUUCGCACUGCUUACUAUUGUUGCAGGUAAGCUACUGCAAGGGUCGGGGUACAGUGAACCACCAGAGCCGGAGUUCUUGGCGCCUCUGGAGAACCUCACCGUUGCCCAGGGCAGGGACGUGUACUUCACAUGCAUCGUCAACCAUCUGGGCAAUUACAGGGUGGCGUGGUUGAAAUCCGAUACGAAGAUGAUCCUGGCAAUACACACACAUAUGGUAAACAACAACCCUCGUCUGUCUGUCACGCACAACGGACACAACACAUGGAAGCUGUACAUCAGCAACGUGGAACCGAAAGACUCGGGGAGCUACAUGUGCCAGAUCAACACAGACCCUAUGAUGAGCCAGUUGGGUCACCUGUCAGUAGUGAUCCCGCCAGACAUAGCGGACGACGACGGCUCCGAGGCGGUGGCCCCAGAAGGAGGUUCAGUUGAACUUCGGUGCACAGCCACUGGCGUACCAGAACCUAUCAUAUCAUGGAGACGAACCGAGGGGCGUAAUAUCAUCUUUAGGGAUACUGCUGGGAAAGAAGUUAAAGUGGUUGAUAAUUACGUCGGUUCGACGUUGUCUUUGAAGAAUGUGCAGCGAACUGACAUGGGGACAUAUCUAUGCAUUGCGGCUAAUGGUAUACCGCCCACCAAAAGUCGACGUUACGAUGUCGCUGUCAAGUUUGAGCCAGUCGUGCGAGUGGAUAGUCCAGUGGUGAUGCGUGCAGCAGACAUGCAAGUAACACUGCAAUGCUACGUCGAAGCAUCACCCAAGUCACUCAACACUUGGCAGCGAGGAAAAUCACAAACAGGCGGGAAGCUACUAAAUAGUUCCAAGUACAUCAUAUCUGAGCAUUUUAUGAACGAAUAUGCACUGCGUAUGAACCUCACUAUCAAUCGCUUGAAGAAGAGUGACUUCGGAGAGUACACGUGUUCCGCCGGCAAUGGAUAUGGACGAGCUGAGGGCACUGUCUUAUUAAAAGAAACGCCGCAGCGGACGACGACGACGACAACUACAACUACCACAACCACGACAACUACCACGACGCCGCGUCCGACGACGACUACAACCACCCGCCCACCAAAACGACAUCCUAAAAAACAGCACGAACGCAACCAGAACACGCUCGAUGCAGAACUCAGACAAUAUGAAAUCAAUAACGCCCUUAAUUUUUACAACAUAAAUGCGUAUGCGCCACCUAAUAAUACUCACAAUGAUUAUGCGCAAAGAACCGAACGACAAAAAGUUCGUCCCACCACGCAACCACGACACUAUGUCGUUUACAAUAGCGCUUCAACCGAGAAAAUCAGAUCGGCUGGCAGUAAUGCCGAGUUAGAUAAUGUUUGCUCUGGGGAGAAUCCAAAGGCUCGAGAUAAGGCUGGCCACGACCUCGGAUUUGUCUCCCACAUGCUAUACCCAGUUGUAUUAAUAUUAUUGCAGCCUUCCUUUUAA